AUGGAUGAGGGUAAUGACGAGUGGACCAUCAGGUGGCCAUCACUCUGCUACACGCUAGCGCUCCUAGCCGAUGCAAGAAAGAGGAAGCAGGAGGAACGCGGGAGCGGCGGGGCUGCAUCCGAGAAAAUAGCUCGAUCGAUCGACGUCUCAGUUUGGUCCACGCCACCUCGCUCGGUGACAAGAAAAACGGACGUCGAUCUCGCGGCGCGUGCUGCAAAUAUGAGAAAUCCGCUAUUCCGCAUGAUGCAUGAUUCUCCGGUGCAAAGGCGGUCGACGGUGCGCCCAUCAAUUGGCUUGAACUGCCCCAGACGAAAAGGAGACGACCACGCGGAGAGACAAGAAGCGAAGCACUCGGCGCUGUUUGCCAUGUGCAGCAUUGUUAUUGCAGCUAGCGAUGCUACGCUGCGCCUCGAUGUGACUCGCGUGUACCGCUUGACGGCUCCUCCGACCCGAAGCCACCGAUGUCCGCUGUUCCGAAGCACCAGCUCUUGUCUUGGCCCACCCAAGGGGCACAUCGCGCUCGCGGGUGUCGUUCUUCUCGGCGUCAUCAACGGAGGCGUUAUCUAUGCGAACCGCGUGGGCAGCAGCCGGGGCGCUCGACAACAUAAUGGGUGCUCUUCCCACAUCGGUCACGAAGCCCACAACGACACAUGUGUAUCGUCGAGCAGUUCCAGAGCAUUUGCUCAGCUACUAUUGACAUUCUCGAAGAACCUUCGCAGCUGA